ACGAAAGACAUAGCUAGUCAAUGAGAAACAGUAAAAUAUGUUUAGGUUAUCAGUUCUACAUAAUUCAUAAAGUGUUUGAUAAAGUGUCAAACAAAUUACAAUUAAGAUAUAGUGAACAAAUGAGUUCAUGCUCCGUUAGGUCGUAGUUGAAAGGUCGCAGCUAGUUUAACAUGUCGGCGCCCACGAGCACAUCAUCUUGAAGGAGAUGUGGAGGUCCGCUUGUGGCCUCUCUGUGAGGGCAGCAGAGAGGGCAAUACACAGAAAAUGUUCACGUAGGCUCUAUUCUCACAAUGCGGCAAAACCUCCUCAAUCAACUCCCGCUCUCCGGACCCAGGCUGAGAAAGAGAGGCGGAGGAGAGAUAAGGAGAAGGCCAUACUGAGCAGUCAACACAAUAAUGUUGAAGAUCAAGGAAUGAAAUGGAGUGAGAAAGAGAGGAUUGCGUACAGAGUUCCAACACCUCCUGGGGAGAAGAAAGACACCACCGUGCCCUUCCCUUCGUCCUACAGUCCUGAGUAUGUGGAGACCAGUUGGUACCAGUGGUGGGAGAAAGAAGGCUUCUUCACCCCAGAGAUCAAUGACAGACUGCCACAUGCUGUGAAUCACUCCUUCUCCAUGUGUAUCCCUCCGCCUAAUGUGACUGGCACGCUGCACCUCGGCCAUGCACUCACAGUGGCCAUAGAGGAUGCAUUGGUCCGCUGGAGGAGGAUGCAGGGCUACAAAGUUCUCUGGGUACCAGGGUGUGACCAUGCAGGCAUCGCUACACAGACAGUGGUGGAGAGGAGGUUGUUUAGGGAACGAGGGAAGCGAAGACAGGACCUCAGCAGGGAGGAGUUUCUAAAGGAGGUGUGGACGUGGAAGAAAGAGAAGGGGGAGGAGAUCUAUCACCAGCUGAGGGAACUUGGUGCGUCUCUGGACUGGAGCAGAGCCUGCUUCACCAUGGAUCCAGGCUUCAGCAGUGCUGUGACCGAGGCCUUUGUAAGGCUGUGUGAUUCUGGUCUGAUCUAUCGCUCUGAGGGCCUGGUCAACUGGAGCUGUGCUCUGGAGUCUGCCAUCUCUGAUAUAGAGGUUGACUCGAAGCAGCUGUCUGGCAGAACCCUGUUGUCUGUUCCUGGCUACCAGAACAGGGUGGAGUUUGGGACCAUGGUCACCUUUAGCUACCCUAUAGACGGCCAGGAUGGAGAGGUGGCGGUGUCGACCACUCGUCCUGAGACCAUGUUGGGAGAUGUGGCCAUCGCUGUGCAUCCUGAGGACCCUCGAUAUCAGGCAGUUCAUGGUAAACAGUGCAGACACCCAUUCACUGACCGACUCUUACCCAUCAUCACUGACACUAUGGUGGACAUGGAGCUGGGUACAGGUGCUGUAAAGGUUACUCCAGCACACGACCACACUGACUUCCUGCUUUCCCAGCGGCACUCUCUUCCUCGCCUCACUGUGAUUGGAGGAGAUGGCACAAUGACCCCUCUCUGUGGCCAAUGGCUGGAGGGAGUGAAGCGUUUUGAUGCCAGAGAACAAGUGAUCGAUGCACUGACAGAGAAGAUGCUGUUCAGAGGGAGAAGGGAUCAUGCCAUGUCUUUACCUGUCUGCAGUCGCUCUGGGGAUGUCAUCGAACCUCUUUUGAAGAAGCAGUGGUUUGUGCGUUGUGGAGAGAUGGCCCAGAGAGCCAUACAGGCAGUAGAUGAGGGACAGUUAGAGAUCAUUCCUCACUUCUACACCAAAACAUGGAGUAGCUGGCUGUCCAACAUCAGUGAUUGGUGCAUUUCCAGGCAGCUUUGGUGGGGUCAUCAGAUUCCAGCCUAUCGAGUGACUCUCCCAGAUUCUACUGACACUCAGGAGGAGUUCUGGGUCUGGGGCCGGAGUGAGGAGGAGGCCAGAGAGCGGGCUGCUGGAAAAUAUGGAGUGACAGCUGACACCAUUACACUGACUCAGGACCCUGAUGUAUUGGACACCUGGUUCUCCUCAGGGCUCUUCCCCUUUGCCAUGUUGGGCUGGCCACAGCAGACAAGUGACCUGAGGCAAUUCUACCCCAACACUAUCCUGGAAACAGGAAGUGACCUCAUCUUCUUCUGGGUGGCCAGGAUGGUGAUGCUUGGCACAGAACUGACUGGGCAGCUGCCCUUCAAACAGGUGCUCCUCCACUCUCUGGUGAGGGAUAAGCAUGGCAGGAAGAUGAGUAAAUCUCUGGGAAAUGUCAUCGACCCUUUAGAUGUUAUCUCUGGCAUCUCUCUGGAGAGGCUCCAAGAGAAAGUGAAGGAGGGCAACCUUGACCCUCGAGAGAGCAUGGUUGCCAUGGAAGCGCAGAGGAAAGACUUCCCUAAGGGGAUCCCAGAGUGUGGUACUGACGCGCUCCGAUUCGCUCUCUGCUCCUACAAGGCCCAGGGUGAGGACAUCAGUCUGUCCGUGUCCCAGGUGCUGAGCUGUAGACACUUCUGUAACAAGAUGUGGCAGACAGUGAGAUUCACGCUGGGUGUACUGGAGGACAGAGGGGAUGAACUGGGAACAGUGGAACAGACCUCUCCUCUGAACAGUAUGGACCAGUGGGUUUGUUCUAGGCUCUAUAGCACUGUGCUCCAGUGUGAGCAGGGCUUUGAGAGAUAUGAACUCCACUCUGUUACUGCUGCCCUGCACUCCUUCUGGCUGCACAGCCUCUGUGACAUCUACCUGGAGUGCAUCAAGCCAGUGCUGAGCCAGGACUCUGGCGCCGGGGGGUUGGGUCAGAUCGACACAGUGCACACUGGGAGAGGUAGCCAGAGAGAGAAGCAGGAGGUCAGGGCUGUUCUCUACCACUGUGUGUCUGUCUCUCUGGCCCUCCUCUCUCCCUUCAUGCCCUUCCUCACUGAGGAGCUGUGGCAGAGGCUCUACCUUCUCAGGGGAGAGGGUGGUGAUAGCGCCGUGGCUAGCUUGUGUCUACAGCCAUACCCACAGUCUUCACAACUGGCACACUGGCACUUCCCCCAGGAGGAAGCAGACUUCACUCUGGUCCAGGAAGUGGUGAGAGUAGCCAGGUCCCUCAGGGCCCAGUGUGGCAUGACCAAGGAAAAGCCUGACAUGUGGGCCGUGUGUUCGCCCAGCCAAGCCCAGAUCCUGCUCCACUUUGGCCCUGCUGUACGGACCCUGGGCCGAAUCACCAAGCUCCACCUCCACUGUCCUCAGGGGGCCGGCUCCCUGUCCUUCCCGUCGGCUCCGCCUCCCCCUAAAGGCAGUGCUGUGGGUGUGGUCGACCACUCCUGUCAGUUACACCUCAAUGUUCAGGGCGGUGUGAAUGUGGGCAAACUUAGUCUCCAGCUCUCCCAACGCAGAGAGAAGCUCCUCUCUAAACUGGAACAGUCCCUCUCUCGAACCCGUGUGCCAAACUACUUACAGAAGGUUCCGGAGCGAGUGAGGAUAGAGACAGAGAACAAGAUAUCAGCCUUGGAGCAGGAGCUGAGGAACAUUGAGGAGCAGCUGUCAGCACUACAGGGACCUCCGAAACACAACUCUGGUCAAAAGUAGUGUACUAUGUAGGGUUUUUCACUAGUUCCCACAGUCAAAGUAAAAAAAAAAAUUUUAAUGCACAUUUUUGUUUUCAUUAAUUUUUUACGAUAGACAAUUUAUUUUAAGUUGGGGUUAGGCAUAAGGUUAGCAGUGUGGUUAGGUUUAAAAUCAGAUUUGAAGAAGAUACAUUUUAGAACUAGGCGGGGUUAACUAGUGAUGACCACUGUGAGCAAUAGGACCCUGGUCUAAAGUAGUGCACAACGUAGGGAAUAGGUCCCUGGUCUAAAGUAGUGCACAACGUAGGGAAUAGGGUGCCAUUUGAAACACAGUCACAGUGAGAGAGGACCUCCCUCUACAUGGACAACUUGACUGUCUACAGUGUCUGUCUGCAGGGCUUCAACUCUGGAUCGGACAUAUCAAUCAUGGACUAACAGGUUUCCUGCCAUUGAACACCUAGAACUGCAGGCCCUGGAAUAACUACAGUGGUGACCCUUGCUUGGAGUCAAGCCCCCCAAGUUCUGAGCAAAAGUGUUUUAAUUGAAUUAUAUAUAAAAAAAAUUACAUAAAAGGCUAUAAAACACCAGAAAAUCAGCUCCAAGUGAUUUUAAUUUUGGAAAUGUGUUCCAAAGUAUUCCCACGUAUAAUAGAGAGAUGUAUGUUAUCGUAUAAAAAUAUAAGCAAAGUUUGACAUGAUUGUUUUAGUCAAAUAUUACACAGAACAAAAACAUUUAUGCAACAUGUAAAGUGUUGGUCCCAUGUCUCAUGAGCUGAAAUAAAAUAUCCCAG